AUGAGUGAUAGGCCUAGCCAUAAUCCGCAAGGUCACAAGUCGCAGUUAAGGAGGAUAAUAGAUGAGGUUAAUUCUUAUGGGUUUUAUCCCACCAGCGGGAGCGAGCGGAUGGAUGCGUGCGCCAGUGGGACGCCUUUACAGGUUCCGACUCCGCGUUUCACGUUGAAUGGUGAGGUGCAGCGUCGGCCGUCCGCGGUGUCUUGGAUGGUAGAAGAAUCAACGGAGCUAAUGACUAAGCAAGUAAGCUCGGCUGAGCACUAUGGUUACUCGGGUUUUGUUCCAUGCGCGGUAAUGGGAGACAGUUGGCGUAAAAUAAGGAAGACCAUCAACCCUAGUUUUCGGACCAACGUUUUAAGUUCAUUCGGUGCCAGUUUUAGUUAUCAUACGAAGACGUUCAUUGAAAAGUUAAACGAGUUUGCUGAUGGUGAGAAAAUGGUCGACUUAUUCGCUCCAGUUCACCUGUGCACGAUAGACUUCGUUUGUGAGAAUAUGAUGGGAUGCCGAAUGGAGAUACAGAAAAGAAAUAUGGUGUUUCUCUCCACAAAUUUAGAGAAGUCAUCUGAAAUGAUUCAUACCAGGAUAUUCAACUUCCUUCUGCAGCCAGAUUUGAUUUAUACUCUACUUGGUAAGAAAAAGGCGUUGCAGAGGCUUGUCCAAGGAAUGCGGGAUUUGGCCAAGGAGAUGAUUGAACUGCGAGCUAAGUACAGAGAGGAGACGAGGCUGUCAAACACAAAUUCAGAAAUAGUGCCAAUUUUUAUGGAAAACCUGCUCAAUAGUGUAGAAUCAGGGGUCAUCUCGAACGAACGCGCUGUUGACGAAACAGUCGAAAUGUUUAUUGCGGGCUCAAUAACAACAGCCACAACUGCUGCCUGGAUACUUAAGAUUUUUGCCCAACGACCCGAAAUUCAAGAGAGAGCGUACAAAGAGAUCGUGGAGAUUAGCAAUGGACUGGAGAUUACCCUAGAGGAUGUGUCAAAACUUACUUACUUGGAGAUGGUUGUUAAAGAAACCCUUCGGCAUUUUGGCAUCCCUUUUGUUGGUCGAGCUCUCGUUGAGGAUCUUCAAGUCGAUGAAAAAAUGACGAUUCCAGCUGGAGUCAGUGUCAUGCCGAUUCUUUUUGUGUUGCAUCAUGAUCCCGCGUUUUGGGAGAAACCAAACGAAUUUUAUCCUGAUCAUUUCUCACAAAUAAACGAACAAAAAAGGCCAAAAGGUGUGUUCGUUCCGUUCCUGAAUGGUCCAAGACAUUGUCCAGGAAAUAAAUAUGCAUAUCAGUCUGUCAAGUACUUGAUUGCAAAUACGCUUUUACACUAUGAGUUUUCAUCCGAUGAAAAAGCACCAGACGACAUUCAAAAUGCUAACUACAGAAUUUUAUUCAUGGUUUGGCCGCUUACAGGUUUCCGUGCGAAAAUUAGGAGAAGAACAAACAGCCCCAGUAAUCCACAAGCUGGUUAA